GCUGCCAGAGCCGCAGAGGGAGAAGGCAAACAGAGAUUCUUCACUCAGGAUAUCAACAACAUCAUACUGGACAUCGAGCUGCAGACGCGGGAGCUGAACAGCCAGAUCCGCUCAGGGGUGUACGCCCACCUGGCUGCGUUCUUCCCGUGCAGUAAGGACACUCUGGUCAAGCGCGCCCGUAAGCUUUAUCUCUAUGAGCAGGGUGGCCGAUUGAAGGAGCCUCUGCAGAAGCUAAAGGAAGCCAUUGGAAGGGCCAUGCCAGAGCAGAUGGCCAAGUACCAGGAGGAAUGCCAAGCCCACACUCAGGCCAAGUUUGCCAAGAUGCUGGAAGAGGAAAAGGACAAAGAGCAGCGAGAUCGAGUUUGUUCUGAUGAUGAUGAGGAUGAAGAAAAGGGAGGGAAGCGCGUCAUGGGACCGCGAAAGAAAUUUCAAUGGAAUGAUGAAAUCAGGGAGCUGCUUUGCCACUUGGUGAAGAUUAAGUUGGAUGGUUAUGACCUUGACAAGAAUAAGGCUCAGUCUCUAGAGGAUUAUGUGAAGACCUUCCUAGAUGGAGAGGUGAAGCCCCUUUGGCCAAAAGGCUGGAUGCAGGCCAGGACACUGUUUAAGGAGAGCAGGCGUGUACACGGACACCUCACAUCAGUCCUGGCGAAGAAGAAAGUUAUCGCUCCUACUAAGGUGAAAGUGAAGGAAUCUUCCUGCAAGCCAGAUAAAAAGAUAGCGGUUUCUGUUCCUUCGAUGCACUCAAGCAGCACCUUAACUCUGUCUUCAGAGCCCCAGGGAGGAGCUCUGGGCAUCAGUGCCCAAACCAGAGAACUCCUGUCCCUUGGGACAGCCCAAGCAGCCAGCAGCACUGGCACUCCUGCUACCUUCCUGGAUGAUUCCUUGGAUGAGGACUUAAUUCAUAACCCCACUUCUUCCCUCGAAGCAGUUUCCAGGGAACUGGCUGUGCUGAACAGCAGAGCGGGAGGGAGCCCUGACUUUACUCUUCCUGGAGCUCCAAAAGCUCCCCCAGAGAAGAUCCCAACUCUUGCAUCCUCGGAGGAGAAGAGGACAUUUCCAAAGUCCAACCCUUCCCCUACAUCCUCCUCUGGUUCCCUCCAGUCUCCUCUAAAUUUCCUGGCUGAGCAGGCCCUGGCAUUGGGCCAGUCUUCUCAAGACAAAAAGACGGAGAACUCUAAUUACAAAGAGCUCUCCUGCCAAGCCUCCCCCAGCAAAAUCCUUCCUGAUGCACACCAGGCUAAACAGAAACACCACAGCUUGGUCCGGCCAAGCCACGGGCCUCAGACUUCCACCCCAGUGCCGGGUUCUCAGGUGAAGGUCUUUCACUCAGGCAGCCAGCUACAGAAAACUUUCACCUCCCCGGCUACGUUUGUCAAACUGCAGAAUCCCAAGUCCUCCUCUCCACUGCCCCAGCGCUCCCUCCUCCAGCAGGUCAAGUCAUCAACCAAAGCUCAGAGCUUCCAUUCCUCUGCGUCACCAGGCAGCACCCAAAAUGCUGGCAGCUCCCACAAGAGCCCAGGCUCAUCCUCAUCAUCUCUCAGCUACGCAGGAAAGCACUCAAGUGGCUCUAGCUCUUCAGGACAAUCUUACAAAUCGCCCUUUGUUUCUGGUUCCCUCUCCAAGCACGGGGCCUCUUCCAGCAGCUCUUCGUCUGGAGCUUCUGCAAACCAGGGCUCCUCCUCUGGGAGUUUGCUGCCCGGUGCGCAGACCCCUUCCUCGGGCCAGGCGUCCAGCCGCCCGUCCUCAAGCUCUUCGGUGAAGAAGACGCCCGUUUCGCAGAAGCUGACUCUGGUGGCACCUCCCGGAGGUUCAAACGGAGAUUCUAGCGGGGGCACUCAAGGGGUGGCCAAAUUGCUGACCUCCUCCCUAAAGCCAGCUGUUGUUAGCAGCACCGCAUCUUCUACCUCUGUGCCGAAAGGAACUAGUGGAGCUGUGCUGCUAACAAGUUCUUCCUCCUUAAGUGUACUGGCUCCAUCCUACAAGUCCAGCAAUCCAAAGCUGCCAGCUGCCCUGAGCUCCGCCCCAUUAGGUAUUAUCUCUCCUAUUCAUUCCUUCCCUCUUCAUGUCAUCUCCUUCAGUUCAGACUCCUCCCCAAAAGCAGGAGUAUCAAAGGAUGCAAUAGUUACGGGCCCUGCUCCAGGAACUUUUCACCAUGGCCUUGGCCACAGUCUUCUAGCUGGCUUGCACUCCAGCCCCCACCAUGCAGCGCCACUCCCACAUUCUGCCCUGUCCACUCAUUUACCGCAAAGUUUGCCAGAUGCUUCUCAGCUUCACGGCAAAGGGUCCAAUGCACAGCAGCGCAAGUUGUGA